AUGGAAGUGACGUCCAGGCAGUCAUCGAGACUGCUUCGGUCUUCCGUUCGCGGUUCUAACCGCGUGGCCCUUCAGAACCCUUGUCUUUCUGGCCCUCGCAUCAUAUCUUCCAACACCCUGAGUACCAUUCGACGGCGGAAUGUCUCCUCAACAUCUCGACGGACCGCGCCAGAAUCGUCACUGCUAGGCUUCGGACCCGGGUCGUUGCCCGGCGGUGCACCCGCGACAUACUUCUCAAGUCGCUCCGCGCUUCCCAUGAACACCGUCAUUCGAUUCGUCCCUCAGCAGACCGCAUGGAUCGUUGAGCGGAUGGGCAAGUUCCAUCGAAUUUUAGAGCCUGGAUUGGCAAUCUUAAUCCCCUUUAUUGAUCGGAUCGCAUACGUUAAGAGCUUGAAGGAGUCUGCCAUUGAGAUACCGAGCCAGAAUGCCAUUACCGCGGAUAAUGUUACGUUGGAGCUGGAUGGUGUGCUAUAUACAAGGGUAUUUGACGCGUACAAGGCAAGUUACGGCGUUGAGGAUGCCGAAUAUGCCAUUUCCCAACUAGCACAGACAACUAUGCGCUCGGAGAUUGGUCAGCUCACGCUAGACCAUGUGUUGAAGGAGCGUGCCACGUUAAAUACCAAUAUUACGCAGGCUAUCAACGAGGCAGCUCAGGACUGGGGUGUGGUCUGUCUACGUUAUGAGAUUCGGGAUAUUCAUGCUCCGGAAGGCGUUGUUGCAGCGAUGCACCGUCAGGUGACGGCAGAGCGGUCAAAGCGUGCGGAGAUACUCGAAUCUGAGGGUCAGCGACAGAGUGCGAUCAACAUCGCAGAGGGUCGGAAGCAGUCCGUCAUUCUUGCAUCCGAGGCUCUGCGGUCUGAGCGGAUCAACAGUGCUUCUGGUGAGGCAGAGGCGAUUAUGCUCAAGGCGCAGGCGACUGCCAGAGGUAUCGAGGUCGUGGCUAAGGCGAUUGCAGAGGGCAGUGAGAACGCGCACAGUGCUGUCAGCCUCAGUGUCGCAGAGAAGUACGUCGAGGCCUUCUCGAAUCUUGCGCGUGAAGGAACUGCUGUCGUUGUUCCUGGCAAUGUUGGCGACCUUGGUGGAAUGAUAGCGAAUGCCAUGGCAGUCUAUGGCAAGGUCAACGAGAGCCAGGCGCGCUCCAUUGCCGCGAAGGCCCUUGGAGUGCAGGAGCCUGCUCAGAUUGAGCACUCGCAUCAAAAGCCAGAAAAGAACACUUCUGAGCCCCAGCGUCAGGCUGAGUCUGAGACCGACAAGGUUGAGAAUGUCGCUGAUAGUGUCUUGGAAGGCUUUGACCAGGCGAGCCAACAGAGAAGGUAG